UCCCACCGUCCGGUGUGGUGUCCCUUGAACUGUGAAAGUACAAGAAGCCAGGACGGUGAAUUUCUUUAGCUGUUGCUGUGGAAUGUCAACGAGAAAGCAGGGUCCUGGACUCAGAUCUGGAAAGGCAACAUAAAACAGUGUUUACCUAUGGGAACGAGGAUGAGUUUUGGGUUGACUGUCAGGUCACCAAAAGGCCGUUGGAUCACGAACCUCAGCCGUGGGUUCUCGCUAUUUGUACCUCCAAGUCCUCCUUUGGACCCUGAGAAGGUCAAAGAGCUGCAGCGCUUUAUCACCCUUUCCAAGAGACUCCUGGUGAUUACUGGGGCAGGAAUUUCCACCGAAUCGGGGAUCCCAGACUACCGGUCAGAAAGGGUGGGACUUUAUGCCCGCACCAACAAGAGGCCCAUUCAGCAUCGGGAUUUUAUACAGAGUGCACCAAUCCGUCAGCGGUACUGGGCAAGAAACUUUGUGGGCUGGCCUCGGUUCUCCUCGCAUCAGCCUAACCCUGCACACUGGGCUUUGAGCAGCUGGGAGAGACUCGGAAAGCUGUACUGGUUGGUGACCCAAAAUGUGGAUGCAUUGCAUACCAAGGCGGGGAGUCAGCGUCUGACAGAGCUGCACGGAUGCAUGCACAGGGUCCUCUGCUUGGACUGUGGCGAACAGACUCCCCGAGGGGCGCUGCAGGGGCGUUUUGAAGUCCUGAACCCCACCUGGAGUGCCGAGGCCCACGGCGUGGCUCCCGAUGGCGACGUCUUCCUCACAGAGGAGCAGGUACAGAGCUUUCAGGUCCCAUCCUGCGCUCGAUGCGGAGGCUCCCUGAAGCCUGAUGUCAUUUUCUUCGGGGACACCGUGAACCCUGCCAAGGUUGACUUUGUGCACAGGCGUGUGAAAGAAGCCGACUCCCUCUUGGUGGUGGGAUCUUCCUUGCAGGUGUACUCUGGUUACAGACUUAUCCUCACUGCCCGGGAGAAGAAGCUGCCCAUUGCAAUACUGAACAUUGGACCCACACGGUCUGACAACAUGGCGUGUGUGAAACUCGAUUUUCGCUGCGGAGAGUUGCUGCCUUUACUAGACCCACACUGACUACAGCCUCAUGUUCCCGGCCAGAAACAGGGGCUUUCACUUGAAUCCCGCUGCUAAAGAUCCCUAAGCAUUCAUCCCCUCUUCCUCAAAAUAAUUGAAGCUUACUGAGUGCAAAACCAAGGUCUCUCUGCCAUCCCACCUUUGAACUGGGCUGUUUCAGACCCAAUGAGUAAAGCAAGGUCUUCACAACAAGAUAUGACCCUGAGAAGAGACUUUUUCAAAGCAGCAGCUGCUCCAACAGAAAAACUGCAUUCACUUCCUUCCUACUUCUCGGGUCAGAAGAAAUGGCCCAGGAACUGUGUCUGCCAGAAUAGUCUCUGGGGUGCUAACCAAGGGAUCUCACUAAACAGGGGAGUAGGGUAGAAGAAAACGACUUAAUUUUAAUUCCAAAUGGCCAAAUGUCUUUAGCUGAACCACUUUGAUGUAUUUUUUUUUCAAAUGAGCAAUGACAUGAAUGAAUGUUUUAUUAACCAAAGAACAAAGGAAUCAUUUUUUUUUUAACAAUAUACCAGAUGUGUAGUAGGCUAUCGUUUAUGUUCUUUUUUUUAAUCAACUAAAGAAAAUGGGGCUUUAAGACAUGGUUCUCCAAGGAUUUCUCCUUGGCUUCAGCUGCCGGAAUGAGACACCUGCCUUGAACCCCGUCUGUAGAGAGGAAACAGGGAAUUCCCAGGUGGGCUCUUAAAUUGAUUUGUUUCUGCUGAGGAAAGCAGAAAGACUUGUUUGAUUACUGCCUUAACCAGAACGAAUCACUAUGAAGCUAGAGCUUUCUGCAAAAUUUCAUAGAAAGUGAGGCAGAUGAAAGAAUCACAGCCUAUUCUGAGUAGUCUUUUGUCUAAAAUUAGGGCAAGCAGCAUAUGCUCAUCCUGCACCUGCCUAGGAAGCAAAUUUCAGUUAACUGAGAUAAUGCAAGAUCUUGAAAACAGACUUCUUUUCACUUGCACAACUGUAGGUUUGCUCAUAGGCAAUAAUUAGUUCUAAAGAAGUGUCAGGUGGUUGUGAAUCUCAUUCCAGCUUUUUUUGCAGCUGGGGAUCCUAUCGUGCUUUCAACCAGAGGUGAUUUUCUCAGCUGCCCAAAGUCAGAACUCAACAAUUGUAUUAAAAUCUGGGUCUUUGGAAUCUGAAGCCUUUCUCAUCCACAAAUCUCAUCAACAGUUAAUGACAAACACUGUAUUAAGGUACUGAGGAUACAAAGAGCCUCUUGCCUCAAGUGGGUCAUAGAGAAUGUGCUGUGUGUCCCCCCUGCUUUUCUACCAGAAAAUAUCAUACAGUCAUGUAUGGAAUCAUAGAAUUAGAGAAAAUUUGGUCCCUGUUCCUCAUUUCAUUUUUGAGGAAACUAAGAUCCAGACUAAUCUAAGGUCAUGCUACAUAGUUUCAGAGCCAAGACUAGAAUCCAAGUAUUUAAACUUCCCUCCCAGUCCUUUGUCUUUAAACAACACUGCUUCUCAUUUGUCUGCGGAUUAUUUAUGGUUGGAGAGAAGUUAGCUUGAAGUUUAAGUAGAAGCCAGCACCACACCCAGCCAAAAAGACCAAGAAUGAUUAAAAGGCAGUGGCAUUUGCAAGCUGCUUAGUGUGCCAUGGAUGAAAAGGCACCUGAAUGCUGGCACGAGUCACAAAGCCAAGUCUUGAGGGCCUUAGGAAUGUUUGCUUUGUUCAUAUUUCCUCCUGAAAUGGACUUCUUUCCAAGAAAUAUGUCCCAAGAGGAACUUGGUAUUUCCUGAAGCUGAUGCUUCUAUGUCUCCUUGCUUUACAUCUUUUGAUCUCAACCAGUGUACCAGUUCUAGCCCACAGUUAAGUGCUCUCAGUUGGAGUAACAGAUAUUUUCCAGUGGGUGUUAUCAGUUUGCCGCUGCCAUGGUUAUAUGAUUCUAGCUGCCUAAGUGCAACCUAGGACGUGACUUUCGGUUGUCCCCUGUUGCUUUGGCAGUUCUGCUCUGUUGUCACAGCUUAGUAAACAGAAGUCACAAAAGCAAACAGGUACAUCACACUCAAAACUUCCUUUCCACUAAUUCAUAUUCCUUCUUUUACGCUAUCACAAACUGAAUAUCCUUUUCUCACCUCUCCCUUAAAAAAACAGCAAUAACAUUUAUUGAAUACUGUGCAUCUACAUCCCAAGCUCCAUGCAAAGCAUUUUAAAACCCAUCAGCUCACUUACAGAGUUAACCCCACAAGAGAGGCUUGGGCAUGUGUAAGGGUAGCUCUUUAGUGAGUGUUGACUUUUCCUGAGACGAUUAAAGGAGUUCACCACUCUUAGGUAGGGUGCCAAGCUGUCCCAGAUUGCCCAGGACUGAGGGGAUUUCCUGGGAUGCAGGACUUUCAGUGUUAAAACCAGGACAGGUUGGUCAUGAUGCUCCUGCAAACAUUAGAGGUUGACACCUGUGCCGGUUUGAAUAUAUUGUGUCCCCCAAAUGCCAUUAUCUUUGUGGUCUUGUGGGACAGACGUUUUGGUGCUGGUUAGAUUUGCUUGGAACGUGCCCCACCCAGCUG